AUGGGAAACAGCAAGAGCAGUGCCCUGUCCAAGGAGAUCCUGGACGAGCUGAAGCUGAACACCAAGUACACGGAGACAGAGCUGUGCAACUGGUACCAGAGCUUCCUGAAGGAGUGCCCCUCCGGCCGCAUCAGCAAGGAGCAGUUUGAGAGCAUCUACGCUGGCUUCUUCCCCGACGCCGACUCCACCGCCUACGCCCGCCACGUCUUCCGCAGCUUCGACACAAACGCCGAUGGCACACUGGACUUUAAGGAGUACAUUGUGGCGCUGCACCUAACUUCCUCCGGCAAGGUGCAGCGGAAACUGGAGUGGGCCUUCUCCCUCUACGACGUGGAUGGCAACGGGACCAUCAGCAAGAAUGAAGUUCAGGACAUCGUCAAGUCAAUAUUCAACAUGAUCCCUGCCGAGGACCAAAAAACUCUUCCAGAUGAUGAGAACACGCCUGAAAAAAGAGCUGAUAAAAUCUGGAACUAUUUUGGGAAGGGAGAAAAUGAUAAAAUUAAAGAGGGCGAAUUCAUCCAGGGGGUCAUUGACAAUAAGGACAUCCUGCGGCUGAUGCAGUACGACGAACCACAGAGGAUUAAAGACAAACUGAAAGAAAAGAAACAGUGA